AUUGCCUGGUUUUCUCUGAAUUUUGUGCUGCUUCAUGACUUCUUUUCCCUUGAUAACAUGACACAUGGCUGAUGACCUCAAAAAACCUUCUAGAUUUUCUCUUCUACUGGCACACCUUGGGCCUACUCCACCUCCACAUAGCCUUAAUUACAAAUCAGAGGACAGGCUUAGUGAGCAAGAUUGGCCAGCAUAUUUCAAGGUCCCAUGUUGUGGGGUUGAUACAUCUCAAAUUGAGUCAGAAGAGGCAGAAGUGGAUGUGAGAGAAAGAGAGACACAGAGAGACAGAGAGCCAAGGAGGGCAAGAGACUUGACUUUAAGAGACUCCUGUACUGACAACUCCAUGCAGUUCGGAACCAGAACGACUACGGCUGAACCAGGGUUCAUGGGGACAUGGCAAAACGCUGAUACUAACCUCUUAUUCAGAAUGUCCCAACAGGUUCCAUUGGCAUGUACUGGCAGAGUGCUGGGGGCAGACUUCUGCCCAAACCUGGAGGAGCCAGGCCACAGGCUGGAAGUCCAGGCCAUCCGUUGCACACUGGUAAACUGCACAUGUGAAUGUUUUCAGCCAGGGAAGAUUAACCUGAGGACUUGUGAUCAGUGUAAACAUGGCUGGGUGGCACAUGCCUUGGAUAAGCUCAGCACGCAGCACCUGUACCACCCCACCCAAGUGGAGAUUGUGCAGUCCAACGUCGUGUUUGACAUCAGCAGCCUGAUGCUCUAUGGAACACAAGCGGUGCCUGUGCGGCUAAAGAUCCUGCUGGACCGUCUCUUCAGCGUCCUGAAGCAAGAGGAGGUGCUGCACAUACUGCACGGCCUUGGCUGGACUCUGCGGGACUAUGUCCGAGGAUACAUCCUUCAGGAUGCUGCUGGCAAGGUGCUGGACCGCUGGGCCAUCAUGUCUCGAGAAGAGGAAAUCAUCACCCUUCAGCAGUUUCUGCGGUUUGGAGAAACCAAAUCCAUUGUGGAGCUGAUGGCAAUUCAGGAGAAAGAAGGACAGGCCGUGGCUGUACCAUCUUCAAAGACAGACUCAGAUAUAAGGACUUUCAUUGAGAGCAAUAAUCGCACCAGGAGUCCCAGCCUCCUUGCUCACUUAGAGAACAGCAAUCCUUCCAGCAUUCAUCACUUCGAAAACAUCCCAAACAGCCUUGCAUUUCUGCUUCCAUUCCAGUACAUAAACCCUGUCUCAGCGCCACUGCUAGGGUUGCCUCCAAAUGGGCUACUGUUAGAGCAACCAGGGUUGAGGCUGCGGGAACCCAGCCUUUCAACUCAGAAUGAAUAUAAUGAGAGCAGUGAAUCCGAAGUUUCUCCCACACCUUAUAAGAAUGAUCAAACACCCAAUAGAAAUGCCCUGACCAGCAUUACUAAUGUGGAGCCCAAAACCGAGCCAGCCUGUGUCUCUCCCAUUCAGAAUUCUGCCCCAGUCAGUGAUUUAACUAAAACUGAACACCCAAAAAGCUCAUUCCGGAUUCAUCGGAUGAGAAGGAUGGGGUCAGCCUCUAGGAAGGGAAGAGUGUUCUGUAAUGCAUGUGGGAAGACAUUCUAUGACAAAGGUACUCUCAAAAUUCAUUACAAUGCUGUUCACCUGAAGAUCAAACAUCGAUGCACCAUUGAAGGUUGCAACAUGGUCUUUAGCUCCCUCCGAAGUCGCAAUCGCCACAGUGCAAACCCCAAUCCUCGCCUUCACAUGCCUAUGCUAAGGAAUAACCGAGAUAAAGAUUUAAUUCGGGCCACCUCAGGAGCUGCCACCCCUGUCAUAGCAAGUACAAAAUCAAAUCUGGCACUCACAAGCCCUGGUCGGCCCCCAAUGGGUUUUACCACUCCCCCUCUAGACCCUGUCUUGCAAAAUCCUCUCCCUAGCCAGCUGGUGUUUUCUGGACUAAAGACUGUACAACCAGUUCCUCCAUUUUAUAGAAGUUUACUCACUCCAGGGGAAAUGGUGAGUCCUCCAACCUCCCUCCCAACCAGUCCCAUCAUUCCAACCAGUGGUACCAUAGAGCAGCACCCCCCGCCACCCUCUGAGCCAGUAGUGCCAGCAGUGAUGAUGGCCACCCAUGAGCCCAGUGCUGACCUGGCACCCAAGAAAAAGCCCAGGAAGUCAAGCAUGCCUGUGAAGAUUGAGAAGGAAAUUAUUGAUACCGCCGAUGAGUUUGAUGAUGAAGAUGAUGACCCCAAUGAUGGUGGAGCUGUGGUUAAUGACAUGAGCCAUGACAAUCAUUGUCACUCCCAAGAGGAGAUGAGCCCAGGCAUGUCUGUGAAGGACUUUUCUAAGCAUAACAGGACCCGGUGCAUUUCAAGGACUGAAAUAAGGAGGGCCGACAGCAUGACUUCUGAAGACCAAGAGCCUGAGCGGGACUAUGAGAACGAGUCUGAGUCUUCAGAGCCCAAACUGGGCGAGGAAUCCAUGGAAGGGGAUGAGCACAUUCACAGCGAAGUGAGUGAAAAAGUCCUGAUGAAUAGUGAGAGGCCUGAUGAGAACCACAGUGAGCCCUCUCACCAGGACGUCAUCAAGGUGAAGGAAGAAUUUACAGACCCCACUUACGACAUGUUUUACAUGAGCCAGUAUGGACUGUACAACGGUGGGGGUGCCAGCAUGGCCGCCUUGCAUGAGAGCUUUACAUCGUCUCUGAAUUAUGGCAGCCCUCAAAAGUUCUCCCCAGAAGGUGACCUGUGUUCUAGCCCAGACCCCAAAAUAUGUUAUGUGUGCAAGAAGAGUUUCAAAAGCUCCUACAGUGUGAAACUUCACUACAGGAAUGUUCACUUGAAAGAGAUGCACGUCUGCACAGUGGCUGGUUGCAAUGCUGCAUUCCCCUCUCGCCGAAGCAGAGACAGACACAGUGCCAACAUAAACCUACAUCGUAAACUGUUGACCAAAGAACUCGAUGACAUGGGCCUGGACUCAUCGCAGCCCUCCCUUAGCAAGGACCUCCGCGAUGAAUUUUUGGUGAAGAUCUAUGGUGCCCAGCACCCCAUGGGGCUCGAUGUCAGGGAAGACGCCUCCUCUCCCGCAGGGACUGAAGACUCCCACCUGAACGGGUAUGGGAGAGGCAUCGCAGAGGACUACAUGGUCCUUGACUUGAGCACCACCUCCAGCCUCCAGUCCAGCAGCAGCAUCCAUUCCUCCAGAGAAUCCGACGCAGGCAGUGACGAGGGGAUUCUUCUCGAUGACAUUGAUGGGGCGAGUGACAGUGGGGAGUCAGCACACAAGGCCGAGGCCCCCGCCCUCCCUGGCAGCCUAGGGGCUGAAGUUUCAGGAUCUCUUAUGUUCAGCAGCUUGUCUGGGAGCAAUGGUGGGAUCAUGUGCAACAUUUGCCACAAAAUGUACAGCAACAAGGGGACCCUGAGAGUGCACUACAAAACCGUGCAUUUGCGAGAAAUGCACAAGUGCAAAGUCCCAGGUUGCAAUAUGAUGUUUUCCUCUGUACGAAGCCGAAAUCGGCACAGUCAGAACCCUAAUCUCCACAAAAACAUUCCCUUCACUUCAGUAGAUUAGUCUCAGAAUGGACACUACAAAUGCCAGCUCUCACCAGAUGGCCUACGUGUUUGAACUGCCAUAGUCAGUGUGCGCUUAUGUACUUGGGGUGUGUGUGUGUGUGUGCAUUAAUGUAUGCUCUGUGGCUACAUACACACACACGUAUUUCCUUGAGAUAAAUAAGAUAAACACUAGGUGCUUUUGAAUUUUUUUCACUUCCCUUUAUAAAAGUUUUGGGAAAGGAGUGGGAUCUUUGAUGUAAGGGUGAAAACAGAGUACCCCUUUAAACACACACACACACACACACACAGAGUGUGCAACUAGCCCCAGUUUUGACAGAAUAAUUCUUGGUCUUCCCCAAAGAGACAAUUUGUUGUACCCAUGACUGUUGCCUGCAAAAAUAAAAGGGAAAAAAAAAAAAAGAAAAAAGAAACAAAAAGGAACUUCUUAUAGUUGUCUUUUGUGAACUUUAAGGUUUUGAAAGAAUCUUCAAUUAAAGCAUGGCAGAUUCACCUGUAAAUAUUUAGCCUUGAGGGGCCAUUGAUGUAAAACAAUUGUAUUGAUGGUUGUUUAACUUUUUUGUUUAAUUUUUACAGUUACAUCCAGCUGUUAGAUAUGCAGGAAAAAAUAGUUUGCUGGCUAGCUCUAUUCAUUUAUGUUAGCAUUAAUGCACAUUUUUUUUUUUUUUAAAAAAAACCUUGGUCUUGUUUUUACUACCUGUUAGAUAUAGUGGUAAAGAGGUGCUGGCAUGCUUUACAGCACAGAUCUGAUUUUUU